AAGGAUGUUGAUUUAGGUAGAAUCAUCGACAUUGUCAAUUGUCAAUUAAAUACGAAAGACUAGGCAGUACUAGACGGUAUGGUGUCUAUAGAAUAUAGCCUCCCCUUAAUAGGCGAAUAAAAAAAACUGUCAAUUGUCAAAUGCAUGCCUGAAAUUUGAAUAAAUAUUGAAAAAUAUUUUUGUCCCCGGUGCGGCCUCCGGGUUCCAGAAUAUUUUUGUGUUGUGUCCUCUAGCAAAUACGGGGCCCAUCUACUACUCAAUAUUAUAAUUAUUCUAUGUGUCAUAGUUACAAUAACAGCACGAAAUGUCUGCUGAUAAACAUCCAUAUAUAAAGCCACCACCAAUUUUUGAUGACCUAAAUGAGGCUGUAAAAGAAUACUUGCUGAAGCCGGAACGUCUUUCUAUCCACCAGUGGGAGAGAUCUCAAAAUCACUGGCAGAGAAUACCAGACAUUGAUUCACUCUUUCAAAUAAAUGAGGAUGGACUAAGCCUUGAUACUACACUCGAUGUUGUAAGAGAUCCUGUUACAGGACAAAUAGUUGGUAUAGAAGAAAUAGCCAUAUCAGUAGAAGAUGAUGAAGACAGUUUAUCUAUGUCAAGGGCACCUUUACCACCAAGUUUAGCAACAAGAGGCACAAUCACACAGAAUCCAUUCCUUCCUGCUGGGUUUGAAGAAGAAUUACAGAAAAUAUUGGAUGAUGAUGCCAGGGCUACUGAAAUUUAUAUAGACCUAAAUAAUGAAGAAUUAGGAAAGUUUUUGGGCGAAGAGCUUCUGACAACAGCCCCUGGUUGUAAAGAAAGUGUUUUGUUUGCGGAAGAUGGCUUUACACUUCUCAGUCAUGCUGGUGAUAUAGAAGAAGAAAGUAGUAAAGAUAAUGAGAAAAAAGUGGACAAUCAGGAACUUGUGGACAUUAAUUUGGAGGAAGUUAUUGAUACGAAUGCACAUUUAGUUGGUCUCUGGCAGGAUGAUGAUGAAGAACCAAAGGAGAAAGCACCACAACCUACUCAAGCAAAGCAACUUGAUGAAGAGGAAGAUGAAAACUUCCUUGAGAGCACAAUUAUCAAACCGCCAGUGGAGUUGCCAGAGAUACCCGUAUUGAAUAUUACAAGCUCGACAGUCAGAAUGGGUGUUACAUCGACGGAAUGGGCAGAAACAAUAGAUGUCUCGCAACCGGUGCCUGAGUUUAAAGAUAAAAUAAGAGAUUUGGCACAUUCCUAUCCAUUUGAAUUGGAUAAUUUUCAAAAACAGAGCUAUUUACACGUCCCCAAUCAAAGCGCUGUCCAACCAGAAGUACAACGACUUCAACAAGAUGUUCGGCGAGGUGGGCCUGCUCACCGGCGACCUGGUCAUCAACGCGACGGCCUCGUGCCUGGUCAUGACCACCGAGAUCCUGCGCUCCAUGCUGUUUGA